AAAUAUGUUCAUUCGCCAAAAGCACAUCGGAAGAGCCAAGUUUGUAGGUCUUUCUUAAAAGCGGCGAGGGUAGGGCCUUGCCUCAUCUCACUAGGUAGGGAGUUCCAAAGCUGAGGGGGCCACAACGGAGAAGGCUCUCCCCCUCGUCCCCACAAGUGAAAGGAGGGCCUCCCCAGAGGAUGGAGGAGAUCGUGCAGGUUUCUGUUAGGAAAGCAAAGGAUGGCUAACCUUUCACUUGGGAGGCCGAGGCGGAGGCGUGCCUCCCUUUCCUGCCUGCGAGGGGCGAGUGUGGAAGGGCUGCCUCCUCGCCAGGCGCUUUGCCCGGAGCCCUUUCGCCUCCCUGGGGCCGCCCUCCAGCUCCUCCUCCUCCUCCUCUUCCUCUUCGUCCCCGGAGGAAGAGAGAGAGAGAGAGAGAGAGAGAAAGAAGAGGCGGCCGGCGUUGCGUCCUCGGCGAUGGUGUGCUGAGCCUGAGCCAGGGAAGAGGGGGCGAAGGAGAAAGAGAGGAGGAGGGCAAGGGGUCUCCGGACGGCGCCAUGUCCCUGCCCCCGCUCCUGCCGUCUCCCGCCGCCGCCCCCCGCCUCCACCCCCGCCGGGCUCCGCAGGCGCUGUCCCCUCCCUCGGCCCCGCGAAGGGCGCCUCCCUGCUCUCCGGCCAAGCCCGCCAGGAGAGCCCCCUUCCCGGGCUCGUGGCCCAGCUCUCCGGCCUCCCUGCCCAGGCAGGUGCCUCCGCGGAGAGGCGGCGGGAGGGCGCCCCCUCCGGCAGCCCCUUCCUCCCCGCCUCCGCCUCCGCCCCCGCCGCCUUUCUCCGCCGCCGGGAGGUUCUCGCUCAGCCUCCCUCCGGAGGCGAUCCGGGUCCUGCAGCGGCGGAGCCUCGAGGAGGAGGAGGAGAACGAGGAGAAGCGGCGGAGGCACAAGCAGCGGCGCCCCCGCGGAGGGAGAAGCGGGCGGGAGUGGCGCGACCUGCUCCCGGUCUCGCUCCUCAAUGACCGACACCGCUACGACGACGUGGAGUACGAGGAGGAGGAGGAGGAGGAAGAAGAAGAAGGUGGGAAGGGGAGGAAGGCCCCCGCCAGGGACGAAGGGCUGGUGCGCAAGUGCACCGAGUGGCUGCGCGGCGUGGAGAGCGCCGCCGCCCGGGACCGGGCCGAGAAGCUGGGCAGCCUGCCUCACCUGGGCACCCUCUGAAAGGAAGCUCCGCGCCAGGAGGAGGAAGAGGAGGAGGGACAGGGCAGGCUUGGGCUGUUGUAGGUUUUUCGGGCUAUAGGGCCAUGUUCUAGCAACAUUCUCUCCUGACUUUUCGCUUCCAUCUACGGCAGGCAUCCCCAGAGGUUGUGAGGUCUUGCUUUCCCUGCCCUGGAGAACAGGACUCAAUGGAACAAGGGAAGGAGAGCCCACCUGAACAUUAGGAAGGACUUCCUGAGAGCUGAUCAACUGUGGCACUCCCUGCCUCGCAGUGUGGUGGAGGCUCCUGCUUGGACUGAAGCCGGAUGACCACCUGUCGGGGAUGCUUUCAGGGUUUUUUUUCCUCUCUCAGGAGCAAUUUGAGAAACUGCAAGUCGCUUCUGGUGUGAGAGAAUUAGCAGUCUGCAAGAGCAUGCCAAGGGGACUUCUGGAUGUUUUGAUGUUUUACCAUCCUUGUGCCAGGCUUCUUUCAUGUCCCAUCAUUAGGAGCUGGAGCUGACAGAGGGAGCUCAUUAGCACUCUCCCCAGAUUCAAACCUCCAGUCUUCCGUCCUGCCUGCACAAGGGUUUAACCGAUUGUGCCACCGGGGGCUCCUGGUGUACAAGGAUUAUCCGGAAAGACUCAAGGCUGCAAAUGAUAGGAAGGAGCUUGCAUUUUACACCAGAAACUGUGGCAACCCAGAGGAAGAUUGAUAAAACACAAGAAUUUGGCACAAAGUGUGGAGUAGCAAAAUCAACUUUUUAAAAUGAGAGUGAAGAAUAGCACCAUGAUUUUGUAAAUUUGUAACAUUUCUAUUUAUUUGAAUAAACCUUUACAGUUGUUUGUGACUUAA